GAAUCCCGACCGCAGUUGUCAGACCAUUGAUUUCGAAGUGGUCUGACAGUCGAAUGGAACCCGGGGCCGGCACUGUCUGUUCGUCUUGGACCUUCGAAUCAGAGGAUGCCAACGGUAGUCGAAACCGCAUCGAAUCACAGCUGUCUGUAUGCUCAACGUUACUUUCGACCUCCCCUCUGUACAUGGGACAUUUGUCUCAGGUGGCUGCCACAGGUGUGCUGCGUUCACAAGAAUGACCCUAAGUGUCGUGGACUCGACGGUUCACUUGAUUGGCAUUAUCUUCGGCACUAUAUUAAUGGACACAGACUCAUCUCAAGUUCGCACGAGGUUCAAUGAAGCAAGGCGUACAGAAAAGGGCUCGAAUCCCAACGUCGGCUCUCCUUGCAAUGUGAUGUUCUAUCAGUCUGUCCCACCUGCCGGUGGGUUUUGUGCUCUGCGAGUUCCUCAAGAUGCUUAACAUGAUAGCGUUCCUGAGUUCCCUAAUAUAAGACCGGACUGAAAUUAAGCCGGUUUAACUCAAGAUCAGCUUCGGCGAAACCUCCCCUGUUCGUUGGGAACAUGGGCCUUCAUUGGGUGAAGGGACGAUUGAAUACAUGAUAUCACUCUAC